UGGUUUUAUCUUUUCUGGGAGUCUCCAGCUAGCUACCAGUGUAGGCAAGAGUUCCUAGUCGACUCAGGCGCUCCAAGUUUCCGUCUUUUGAAGUGGGGGAGGAGUGGCUUUCCUGGGUGUAUUCCUUUUUUUUUUUUUUUUGGAUCCAGUUUUAAUCGCUUUGAAUAAAUACUCCCUUAAGUGGCUAAACAUUGGAGGAGAAAGAACACGACGAUUGUUAAAGCAGGGGAGGAAGAGAGACCUGUCCUAUAUAUAGCGUGACUUCUCUUGAAAUUAAAAAAUAUAUAUUACAAGCCAGACUUUUAUUAAAACCCUAAAAUGUCGAGAUUUGUACAAGAUCUUAGUAAAGCAAUGUCUCAAGAUGGCGCUUCUCAGUUCCAAGAAGUCAUUCGUCAAGAGCUAGAAUUAUCUGUGAAGAAGGAACUAGAAAAAAUACUCACCACCGCACCAUCGCAUGAGGUUGAGCAUACUAAAAAAGACCUUGAUGGAUUUCGGAAGCUAUUUCAUAGAUUUUUGCAAGAAAAGGGACCUUCUGUGGAUUGGGGAAAAAUUCAGAGGCCUCCAGAAGAUUCGAUUCAACCCUAUGAAAAGAUAAAGGCCAGGGGCUUACCUGAUAACAUAGCUUCCGUGUUGAACAAGCUGGUGGUGGUGAAGCUCAAUGGCGGUUUGGGAACUAGCAUGGGCUGCAAGGGCCCUAAAAGCCUGAUUGGAGUGAGGAAUGAGAACACCUUCUUGGAUCUGACCGUUCAGCAAAUUGAGCAUUUGAACAAAACCUACAAUACAGAUGUUCCUCUCGUUCUAAUGAACUCCUUUAACACAGAUGAAGAUACAAAAAAAAUACUACAGAAGUACAAUCAUUGUCGUGUGAAAAUCUACACAUUUAAUCAAAGCAGGUACCCAAGGAUUAAUAAGGAAUCUUUACUGCCUAUAGCAAAGGAUGUAUCAUACUCGGGGGAAAAUACAGAAGCUUGGUACCCUCCAGGUCAUGGUGAUAUUUAUGCCAGUUUCUACAACUCUGGUUUGCUGGAUACCUUCAUAGGAGAAGGCAAAGAGUAUAUUUUUGUGUCAAACAUAGAUAAUCUGGGUGCCACAGUGGAUCUUUAUAUUCUUAAUCAUUUAAUGAACUCACCCAAUGGAAAACGCUGUGAGUUUGUCAUGGAAGUCACAAAUAAAACACGUGCAGAUGUGAAGGGUGGGACACUCACUCAGUAUGAAGGCAAACUGAGACUGGUGGAAAUUGCUCAAGUGCCAAAAGCCCAUGUUGAUGAGUUCAAGUCUGUAUCAAAAUUCAAAAUAUUUAACACAAACAACCUGUGGAUCUCUCUUGCAGCAGUUAAGCGAUUACAGGAGCAGAAUGCUAUUGACAUGGAAAUCAUUGUGAAUCCAAAGACUUUGGAUGGAGGCCUGAAUGUCAUUCAAUUAGAAACUGCAGUAGGGGCCGCUAUUAAAAGUUUUGAAAAUUCUCUAGGUAUUAAUGUUCCUAGGAGUCGUUUUCUGCCUGUCAAAACCACAUCAGAUCUCUUGCUUGUGAUGUCAAACCUCUACAGCCUUAAUGCCGGUUCUUUGACAAUGAGUGAGAAGCGGGAGUUUCCUACAGUGCCCUUAGUUAAACUAGGCAGUUCUUUUACAAAGGUUCAAGAUUAUCUAAGGAGAUUUGAAAGUAUACCAGAUAUGCUUGAAUUGGAUCACCUCACAGUUUCAGGAGAUGUGACAUUUGGCAAGAAUGUUUCAUUAAAGGGAACAGUUAUCAUCAUUGCAAAUCAUGGUGACAGAAUUGAUAUCCCACCUGGAGCAGUAUUAGAGAACAAGAUUGUAUCUGGAAACCUUCGCAUCUUGGACCACUGAAAUGAAAAAUACCGUGCACACUUUAUACUAAUUAUGUGCUAUAGUUUCUUACAAUGAUCACAUGUUCUCUAGGACUCUAAAAUAGGCAGGUACUUCACUCUGUUACUAUAUCCUGCAGAAUUAAUUUUUAAAGUAGAGUUUUCUGCAGUAUGCUUUUAGUCUAAGAAGAGCACAGAUGGAAGCAAUACUUUUCUUCUUUGAAGAGAAUCCUGAAAGUUAAUCUUAAAGUGCAAUAUUGUUUAAUUUCAAAACCGGGGCAGCUCUGCUGGAAGAUCUGAACAGAGGCCUCAGUGAUGGUCCCUUUGAAUUGCUUGUUAUUUCAAAAGUAAAGCUGUGAAGCAAUA